GACCGGGAGGGGCGCAGAGUGCGCGGCGGGCGGCGGCGCCCGGGGAGGCCGGUGAGGCCCGGGAGGCCGCGGCGCGGUCAGUCGAGCCGAGCCGAGCCGCGCCGAUCGCCAUCGGCCCCGGCUCUCGUGGGCGGUCCCGGCCGGUGGCGCGGCCUGGCGGGCCGGGCGGCGCUGCAGCCCAUGGAGCUCGAGAACAUCGUAGCGAACACGGUGCUACUCAAGGCCCGGGAAGGUGGUGGCGGGAAUCGCAAAGGCAAGAGCAAGAAAUGGCGCCAGAUGCUGCAGUUCCCCCACAUCAGCCAGUGCGAAGAGCUUCGGCUCAGCCUUGAGCGUGACUACCACAGCUUGUGCGAGCGUCAGCCCAUUGGGCGCCUGCUAUUUCGUGAGUUCUGUGCUACAAGGCCUGAGCUGACCCGCUGUACCGCCUUCCUGGAUGGGGUGGCUGAGUAUGAGGUGACCCCUGAUGAGAAACGGAAGGCAUGUGGUCGCCGGCUAAUGCAGAAUUUUCUGAGCCACACGGGUCCCGACCUCAUCCCUGAAGUUCCCCGGCAGCUGGUGAGUAACUGUGCCCAGCGGCUGGAGCAGGGGCCCUGCAAAGACCUCUUCCAGGAACUGACCCGGCUGACCCACGAGUACUUAAGCAUGGCCCCUUUCGCCGACUACCUCGACAGCAUCUACUUCAACCGUUUUUUGCAGUGGAAGUGGCUGGAAAGGCAGCCAGUGACCAAAAACACCUUUAGGCAGUACCGAGUCCUGGGCAAAGGUGGCUUUGGGGAGGUGUGUGCCUGCCAGGUGCGGGCAACAGGCAAGAUGUAUGCAUGCAAGAAACUGGAAAAGAAACGCAUCAAGAAGCGGAAGGGGGAGGCCAUGGCCCUCAACGAGAAGCAGAUCCUGGAGAAAGUGAACAGUAGGUUUGUAGUGAGCUUAGCAUACGCUUAUGAGACCAAGGAUGCCCUGUGCCUGGUACUGACCUUGAUGAACGGAGGCGACCUCAAGUUUCACAUCUACCACAUGGGCCAGGCUGGCUUUCCUGAGGCGCGUGCUGUCUUCUACGCUGCCGAGAUCUGCUGUGGCCUGGAAGACCUGCACCGGGAACGCAUUGUGUACAGGGACCUAAAGCCAGAGAACAUCCUUCUGGAUGACCAUGGCCACAUUCGCAUCUCUGACCUGGGACUGGCUGUGCAUGUGCCUGAGGGCCAGACUAUCAAAGGCCGUGUGGGCACUGUGGGCUACAUGGCUCCAGAGGUGGUAAAGAAUGAGCGCUACACAUUCAGUCCCGAUUGGUGGGCGCUCGGCUGCCUCCUGUACGAGAUGAUUGCAGGCCAGUCACCCUUCCAGCAGAGGAAGAAGAAGAUCAAGCGCGAAGAGGUGGAGCGACUGGUCAAGGAAGUGGCGGAGGAAUACACAGACCGCUUUUCCACACAGGCACGCUCGCUCUGUUCUCAGCUCCUCAGCAAGGACCCUGCUGAGCGCCUGGGGUGUCGUGGAGGUGGCGCCCGGGAGGUAAAGGAGCACCCCCUUUUCAAGAAACUGAAUUUCAAACGGUUGGGAGCUGGAAUGCUAGAGCCGCCUUUUAAGCCUGAUCCCCAGGCUAUUUAUUGCAAGGAUGUCCUGGACAUUGAACAGUUCUCUACAGUUAAAGGUGUGGAUCUGGAGCCCACAGACCAAGACUUCUACCAGAAGUUCGCCACGGGUAGCGUGUCCAUCCCCUGGCAGAAUGAGAUGGUGGAGACCGAGUGCUUCCAGGAACUCAAUGUCUUUGGGCUGGAUGGGUCUGUUCCCCCAGACCUGGACUGGAAGGGCCAGCCCACUGCACCCCCCAAGAAGGGAUUGCUACAGAGACUCUUCAGUCGCCAAGAUUGCUGUGGGAACUGCAGCGACAGUGAGGAAGAGCUCCCCACCCGCCUCUAGCCCCCAGGCCGAGGCCCCCACCGGCGGUUGGCGGUAGCAGCUGCUCUGUGACGUUUACAGUUUUGCACAGUGGUGUUCCCCAUUGUCCACGCCAGUCGUGGUCUGUGGAACACAGCCGGAACUGUUCCCAGUGUCCUCCGUUCCUCAGCCACUGGCCCAGCUGAGUUUGACAAGGCCUGGGCCAUCUUGGGACAAAGGUGCGUCCCUUCAGCUCUCCUCUGUGGAGCUCGGGGCUUUAUGUAUUUAUGUAUUUGUACGAAUGUAUAUAGCUACCAGAGCAUUCUUAAUUCCACCCUGGAUCUGGCACCCCAGGGCAAGUCGCCCUGGCAAGAGGAGCCAGUGCCAACCUACAGACUUGUAGGGCCCAGUGCAGAGGAGCAAGCAGAGUGCGGCCAGGUCAGACCUCCACAGCACUGCACUCCACCACCAACCUCCAAGUGAGACGGGUGCCUGUCUGGUCGCCCAGUGCUUUCACUCUGUCUCAGCAUUUGUCAGAGCUGGAGAUGGGGGCUGUGUAUCCUCUGGGCCAGGGUCAUAGUGUAAGCACAGACUGAGCUUACUGGCACCCAUCAGAACACUGCCCAACACGGGCUGCUCUGCCUUCCAGCUCCCAGGCACAUCAGUCCUCAUUCUGGGUCAGAUCCUGAAGACACCUUUUUCAGAAGUGCCCCGGUCCUGGCCAUAGGAGGGGUUAGAAUUAGCCCCCAACAUUCCAGAAUCCCUCAUAGAAGUAGACCUGUGCCCAGCAAUAAGCCACCCUCCCCUGUGUGUGCCUGUUGGGGGCGGGUGAGUAUACAUCAUUGUGUGAAGAGAGGAGGGUAAGGCUGUGCCUAAGCCCCGACCCUAGCCCUGGCCUUUCCCAGACUGUGAUGGCUGUCCUGAUGCCAGUUAGGACAGCAUGGGACCAUAAGGCUCUGGCUUUUCCAUAUUUAAAGCCAAUGUAAGCCGCCAUAUGUCUCUGUGUGACCAGUGUGAGCUGCCAUGUGUCUGUGCGAAUACAGUCUGAGCACAAGGCUGGCCAGCCA